GAGGUGCAUGCUAUUGUUGCUACUAAGUACAGGGAAGAAAGACAGGUUCCGAGCCCGAUGACAGAUGGCUCGCAGAAGCCGAACAAGAAAUGCGAAGGCAACACGAUGUCAACGCCAAUGUCUAGCUUGGAAAGAAAUCCUCGAGGCUCUUGUCACCUAACAAUUCCUUCAACCUGCUCUCGUUACUCGCUACGUCGCUGUUAUCCAACAAACGGACUUUCUUGAUGCUUCGCUCUUUGUCUGCUUGUGCCAACGUUUCAUUCUUUAGCUGUUCUUCUUCUGGAUCCGUCUCUUCACCCCAUAACUUGCCAUUAUUUGCCACACGCCGACUUGUCAACCACUCAGGAUGCUUUUCAAUAAGCUCCGGCUUGACCAUCCACUCUCGAACUCGAAUCUUCACACUCUUGGUCUUAGGCGGCACAGCGUCUGUAAUCUCAGUACCGCGAAUACGAUUUGUGGCCGACUUGACUUUAUCCGGGUUAGGAUUGGCAAUCCCAUCUAUGGUGGUAUACAAAGUUCUCAGCUGCAAGGGUGAUAUUCAUCAAAGCUGUAAUGUGAAAAUGAUUCGCAUGGUUUACCUCCUCACUGCGCCAAUCUGGGGCACGCAAGACAUACUGCUUUGGACAUCCUGGCUCUGGCGUCGGGUCGUCCUCAUUUUCAGACAUUGCAGUCAAAGUAAAUGCGGCGUCGUAUUUGGGAUCGGUAUACUGGCCGGCAAAUGGUCUCUUGCGCAAGCGUUGGUCGAGAAUCUGUAAAGUACUAUAGCCCUCCUUAUCGCCUCGUUCCACGUCCCAGGCUCUGCUUGCUCAAUGUUCGUAGUGUUCCCAGGCUCGCUGUUCCCAUGCUCAUCUCCAUCACCUGCUCCUACCUCUGGAUUUGUACUCGGAGCUCCCUCUUCGGUUGAUGCUACUCCUGCGACCUCGUGUGCCCUGCGCUUGCGGCUCUGUCUUGUUUGUGCAUCUGGACACUUGUUAAACUUGCCUCUCAUGCGGUCAAAUUUUCCAUUGAUGCGAGUGCGUAAGUCGUGGUCUGUAAUAUUUGCAAGAUCCGUCGCGACAAGCGGAUCGAAAGUGACACCCUGUGUUUGUACCGUUGCGAGGACAACAUCUAUGUUCUUGCGAUUAACAGCGUCCUUAGGCCACGCUUCAGAAGUCUCAUCAGGAUUGGAAGGGUAUGGUGGUAGGCUUUUUUUGUCGAGUUUUAUGCCCAUGAGGUGGGCCAAGAUAUGGUUUACACAAUCCUAUUGGAGCUUCCUUACUCUUUGUACUUCGCUCUAGCAGGUCCGUCGUUUGGGGAGAAUGCGUAACGGGUGUUCCGACAGCAGCACCACCUUCCUCUGAUCUGUUGGGCAAUCGACCACCUGGUGCCGCUUCCGCAAGACUACUCUGCGCUAUUCCCAUCAUAGCGGCAUUCGUCUCACCCAACUGCAUUCGUGUGCCUGUACUCGAAGAAGUUUCUACCCCAAGUAACGACUCAAGAUAUUCGACACGAUCGCUCGCAAGUCGCAGCUGCGCGCGCGUCAAGUUCAUGCUCGUAAACAAGACUGUUACUUGUGAUUUCAGCUUCUCCAACUCAACGUCUUUCUGCAGCCCGGCACUUUUCAACUUCUCGAGUUCCAUCACGACGGCUUGGAGCUGGUUUGAUUGAGGUGUGCGACCCGGAGUUGCCAUGAGGGAUACAGUGCGAGGGCAGACGUCGGAAGACGAUGGAUUGGUUUGGAUAUGUGCUUUUGGGUGAAGAUGGUAGUUACAGUGGUCGCCGUUGCGUUCCCGUAGUUUCGAGGGGGUCUAUAGACUCAAUUUAAUGUUUUGCGCAAUGUU